AUGCGUGUAGCAUGGCUGACCAUAGACCGGCUCAGAAGUGGCCGAGACAUUCGCCUCUCGACCGCGACCAUGAGAGCACUCAACUCUCGACGCCCACGGUCACCGAGCGUCCACCGGCUCGUACCGUCGCGACCGACUCUCUGUUUCCUCCUUGUGCUCUGCGUCCUCCAGGACACACGAGCGCGGAGUGUGCCGCACGAUGACGACGGCGGGAUUUCGGCAACGGUGGAGGCAACGAGUGACUCCGGCUUCGAGGUAGCAGCAGGCGGUGCGGACGAAGAAGCGCGGGGAAGAAGCUUGACGGAGGACGCCUACGUCGGGCAGGAUGGGAACGCGAAGGACGACGGUAGUGUUGUUAUCGAAGACGGGAGAAAUUUGGAAGAGCGGCUCGUCGCCGAGCAAUCCGAGAAGAUCCGAAUCGAAGCCGCCGCCGACGAAGGCAGCGUGGCGAAGAAGAGGCGAAGGAACGACGUGAGCCUCGCAGUUGGUAAGUCCAUGUUGCAGGACGGCGAGGGUAACCCGCAGAAGGACGAGGGUAUUCGGCGAUUCGACGCGCAGGUCGACGACAGCGAGGAACUCGGUCAACGGAGGAUCUUGGACGACGGCGUCGCCGAGGACGGCAUCCUGCAUUUGCGGGAAGACGCCGUCGAGCAUCCGAGAGGACUGAUCGACGUGAAACUGUCGCCCGCGUACGUGAAUCGCCCCGUCGACGAGGACGAGGAGAAGUACGGGGAGAUCUCCGACGACCUCCGCAGGAGGCUCGACGACGCCGUGAAUUCGGCGGAGAAGAUAGAAGGGGAAACUGAAGGGGAAACGGGCCAGGUGAAGAAUCCGGCGGAGGCCAACGAGGCGCAGAUCGAGAUGAUCGACGGGGUGAGCGAGGAAGUGCGCAAUGACCUCCGCAGCUUGGAGCUCGGCGACUCGGACGAGGGUGAGAGGAAUCCAGAGGGACGCGUCGUCGACGAGGUCGCGACGACGGGGGAAACCGGGGCGCAAGAUCAGGAUCUGAACAGGGAGCACAGGCAGUUAGCCGAAACGCCAGGUAAGUCCAAGUACAGGAGCUCGACCGUGUACCUGAGCGCUGAGGAGGGCAGUUCACCAGGUCGCGACCAAGAGUCGAUCGUGGACGGCCAGAUAAAAAGGUUGAUAUCCAUACGCGACGACGCUCUCGAGUCGGCAGGCGACGGCGUGAAACCCGUGGGAGACGAGGAGGAAGCUUUUCUCGCGGGGAAGUCGGUGGGGAUCGACGUGACCGACGGCGGCGAGGAGGACGAGGAGAUUCGCAAUCAACGCAGCAGCGACACGUCCGCUCCGCCCGAGAAUCUCGAGCAGCCUUCUUUAACGACGGAGACCGGUCCCGAUCGUCUGCAAAGAUGGAGGAAUCAAGCGGCGAUGCUGCAGGAACAGAUCCGAAACCGGACGUUUCUUCAGUACCUGAGGGAACACGCGGUCGAGGUGCUUCCCGACAUACCGAAAUUCACGGAGGGCCAGCUGUUGGAGACCUUGAAGAAUAUCUGGCAGUCGCGAGUCAGACCGUCGUCCAACGAGACGUACUCGGCGUCCUUGAACGCGAGCGCGUUCAGCCACGAUCAAGUCGAGAUAAUCAAGUGCGCUGAGCAACUGACGGAGGCGAAGCAACGUCAGACCUUCGUACAGAACAUAACCGAAUGCGUGCGAGGCCUCAGCGUGAUAAAUUGCCUGCGAGUCUUCGUCUGGCCCGUCGUGCUCGACAACAUGCCGCAAUCAAUCAGCCAGACCCUGAGCAACUUACCGAUCGAGAUCAACCUGAUGGACUUGUUUCAGAGGGCGAAAACAGCGCGAUCGGAGAACAGCGUUCACCGUCCGAGGUUGCUCACGCCGGAGUCCGUCGUGUUCGCGAUCCUGAAGAACGCCCUCGACUCGAAUGAUGAAAAACACACGCAUGAUCAAAGGCCGAUUUACAUCGACUCGAGAAACGAGACCCUGAGGAGGCUGCUCACCAUCGGCCAGCUGCAGAUCCUGCAAAUGGCCGAGAAACUGCUGCCCGGUGAGGCGCGUCGCGAGUACUCCGACAGGAUGUUUUCAUGCGUGCGCAGGUUCGAGUACUUCAGCUGCGUCAAGUACUUCGCAUGGCCGAUGGUGAAGCAGUACCACCCGGACUUGCCAGACUUCCCGGAUUACCAAGCCUGGUACCCCUCCAUCGCGUAUUACCCGCAGUAUCCAAUCGUACCCUUCCCCAGCUUCGUGGAGACGACGGGUGAGCUGCCGGAGGUCGUGGACGCCGACGCUACGAGAAUGAGGAAGCCGAAGCCGGAGGCGGUGAUCGUCAACAUUCUCCAGAACACCCUGAGGGAGCACGCGAAGGUACCACCUCCGUCCGUCGCGCAUAACGCCGAUUCUUACAUCGCCUUGCUGCCGCCGGAGCAAUUGUUGUCGAUCCACAUGGCCGAGCAGCUUCUCCCCACUCCGUAUCGGCCGGAGUUCGUUCAGAAGACCGUAAAGUGCAUUCAGGAGUUCAGCUACAUGACUUGCAUCAGGUACUCCACUUGGCCGACGGUCAAACAGUUCAGCCCCGCUCUGCCGCCUUUGCCGGAUCUCACCGGCUGGUUACCGGACUGGUCGAUCCCGCAAGUUUUCGGCUCUUACCUGCCGGAACUGCCGAGCUUUGCCGAUUUGACCUCCUUCAUACCCGGCUUAGGUGGCGGGACUCCUGAGCAACCGCCACAAUCUGGUGAUUCCACCGGCCAGGCACAGUCUGGACGACUUCCCACGACACCGCUCCGUCAAUAUGAGAUCUCCCCCGAGGCAAUCGGCGAACUGGAGAGCAAGAUCAUCGAGAUCCUUACGAGAGUGCGUAACUCCCUGAAAAUUGUACCGGAGAGCUCGCCUUUGAUCAUCAGCAGCAACGUGAUCGUCCUGACGACCAUCACCGAGAAGCAAAUCAACAUACUGAAAUUAGCGGAGAGUAUUCUGCCGCCUCCAGUUCGGGCGCCGCUCGUCACUCAGGUUUUCUCUUGCCUUCAGGCGAGCAACGACUUCAUCAACUGCACCAGGUACGUCAUCUGGCCCACGGUGGCUCUUUACGUUCCAAAUCUGCCGGAGUUCCCUAGCCCUCCGUCCAACCGACAGCCAUCGAAACAGGACUGUCAACAGACACCGCUGAAAGACAAGGACAACUCGCAUCAGAUCAACGAGGAGCAGUGGGACAAUUCGCAGAACGCGGCGAACCCCAACGUGAAGAUUAUUUCUAGGACGAAGUACCCGCAGAGCAACACCCCGGUAAUCAGCGUGACCGGCACGCGAUUCGUGCCGAUAUUCACGGAACACCCUGAGUCGGUGAUACUCAACAUCCUGCGCUCGAUUCAGCUGACUUUGCCCAACGCUCCGAGCGAUCCGACCGCCAGCAAGGUCACCAGCACGCAGCACGUCGCCGAUCUGCUCAACGACCAGCAGGAGAAGAUCCUCAGGGCAACGGAGGACCUGCUACCCGAACCCGCUCGUCCUUCCUUCUUCGAGCGAAUGAUCGAGUGCGUUCGCAAGGAGAGCUUCUUGGUGUGCUCGAGGGAAGUGUUGUGGCCCACCUUAUCGGAGUACUUCCCCCGACUCCCCAGCUUCCCCAACUUCGGAGCGAAUUCGCAAGCGACCGACAGCAAGCCCACAUUACCGCCGAAUCUGACCGACACGUCGCCGUUUUCCGAGACCGACGUCAAGGUCGGCCAACACGGAGACGCUACCGUCACGAUCACGGACACGAGAUUCUACCCCAUCUUCACGGAACACCCGGAGAACGUGAUCCUGAACAUCCUGAGAGCCGUGCAACACGCCACACCGGGCCUGCUGAAUUCCGUGAUCAGACCGAGGUCGCCGGAGGUAAUGGCUUAUUUCACGGAACAGCAGGGCAACAUCGUCCAGGUCGCCGAGAGUCUGCUACCGGAGUCGGUAAGGCCGGUUUUCGUCGACAGAAUGGUCACUUGCGUACGCGAGAGCACGUUCCUCGAGUGCACCCGGGACAUCGCUUGGCCAACGAUCGCGCAAUUCUUCCCACGACUGCCGAACUUCCCGAACUUCGGGGGCUCGCAGAGCAUGCCGAGGACGAAACUCGGCCUGUCGUCCAUCUUGCUGCGGAACGCUUACUCGGAGAGUCAACCGUCCGACGAGAAGGCUCAGGAUGUCCCGAAGAGCGCCAUGGAGAGCGUCGAGGAUAAGAUAGAGGCUGUGCUGAAAGAGCUGCUGAGCGAGGAGGGCGCGUCGACGCGUCUGGGCAACUCCUACCUGGACGCGGACAAUCCAGUGAUAGGCGACCUCUUGACCGCUCGGGAGAUGAACAUCGUGAAACUGACGGAGAAAGCGAUACCGGAUCCCUUACGUCGCACUUACAUCACGAACAUGCUGGAGUGCGUGAGGAGCAACAACUUCAUGACCUGCACCCAGCACAUCAGCUGGCCGACCCUGAAGCAAACCUCACCGGCUCUGCCGAGCUUCGACCAACUGUUCGGUCAAUUCCCCGGCUUGGCUCAGUUUCCCGAUCUCGCCGGCCAGAUCCCCGCCUUCCCCGGCGUGGGGAACUACCCGUUCGCCGAGUUACCGUCUCAGAUCACCGCAAUACCAGGCGGGAUUCAAGGCGCGAUACCGGGCAUUCCGAGUGGCGUUCCUCAGUUCCCAGGGCUCCCCGAGUUCCCUAGCCUCGGCGGCAUUGGUUUCCCGUCUUACGUGAAACACAUUCCGAGCGGCGCACCGGAGACGAAGCCGCAGCAGCAGACGAACCAACCGAGGCUCCCGCCGGACGCUGAACAGACGAACCAGAUAAGUGGAGUUUCGGUGGCUGCGGACACUCCGUCAGUAGACGAGCAAGGCACCGUCCCCGGAUACCUCGGACAGCCGUCGAGCAUCCUCAUAGAUAUCUCCAAGGAGAAGGUCCACCUGUCCGACAUCGAGCAUCAACGAGAUCCAUCGCCGGAGUCCGUUCCCUCGGAUCAAUCGAAGAAACGCGAGAGAAGACGCAGAAGCACCGAGCGGCUGUCCAAUUUCUACUACGAGACCGACGGAAAGACGGCCGAGAGGGCUUCCGAGACGACGGACAGCACGUUCCCGAACAUCACGGAAUCCGAGUUUCUUCAGCUUCUAAUUAAUAUCUCGCGAUCCAAGGCGACCUCCGAGGAGAAGCACGCGAAGACCAAGACUGAGUACUUCGUGGACACGUUGAAUUCCACAAUCAAGAAUUCCCUGACUGCCGACCAGUACGAGAUCCUGAAGGUCGUCGAGGAUCUGAACGAGGAUCACACCACCAACCGCGGCCUCUUGACGCGGGUGGUUCAAUGCAUACGCAGCUUCAGCUUCAUCAGAUGUAUGGGCAUCUUCAUCUGGCCCGUCAUCACCAGCACCGUGCCGUCCUUGCUCGGCUUGCCGUCCUUGCCCGCGAUCCCCGGUCUUGGCCUCCUCGGCAGAUCGACGGAGUCCGAAGUGCAAAACUUCUUCGGCAUGUCGACGAGCGAUUUCGAGAAGGAACUGUUGGAGAGGAAAGACUCGGUUGAGAACAUCUUCCUGAAUUGGUACAAGAGACUGAUGGAGGACAAGUUUCAGGCGAACAUCGGCUUCCUGAGGAUCAAGGGCUACGGGAACGGUGAGGUGGGCAUCAGCUUCAACAGCUUCCGCGAAGGUAGAGCCACGAAGAUCAAGGACAACAAGAAUCUGCCGAGUAUUUUGACGAUCAUCAGCGACAUUAUGGAAGAAGUGCUCGAUCAGCGACCGGACAACGAGAAGAUCAAGAAGGACAAAGAGAAGCGAGAGCGCAGCCUCGACGACGUGCAAGAGGCGGACUUCCAGCUCCUCAGAGAGAGCGACGAGUACGCCGACAUUAAGCGCUCCAUGAACGACGAUCAGAUAAUCACCAUGUUCCUGGACAAAAUCAAGGCAAAUGCGAGCGAUUUCGCCGACGGCGAUGUCACUCAAUACCUGAACAUGGAGGACGCUUACAACGCCUUCGGCGUGCUCUUCGGCACCCGCUUGAACGAAAAAUUCGCGAGUCGACUGAAGACCUUCACCGAGGAGCACCUGAGGAGGAGUUUGAACAGGAAGGAUCCCGAGGACCACGCGAAAGGAUCCAGCGGGGAGGAGCUGAAGGUGAUACCCUUGAAAGAAAAGGAAAUAUCCUACGACCUCGAGAAGGAGUCCGCGGAGAGUCAAGAGCAGCGAAAGCGGGAGCAUCGCGCGAAGAGCGAAUUCAAGUCUUUCUUGAGCAAGUACUCGGACAAGUACGUGAGGAACAUCGCCGCGGAGGAGAGCGACGAUCCCGAUCACGACAAUAAGAUCAAGGAUACCGCCGAGUCGACCCCCGACAAGAACCCGCGCUCGGAAUUGAGACUGCAGCUGCCGAGUCUGCGCGAGGACGUGAUGUCUCGGAAGAUCACGAGCACGGUGAUACAUUUCGGCCGAGCGAUGAAGAUGAAGAUCGGCAACAUGAUGCCCGGAAUCGGCUUCGUGAUAUCCUUCCUCAUCCAGACCGCGUUGGCUCACGCGAGGGCGGCCGCGUCCAUGGCCGGGAUGAUCAGCAACAUGGCCCUCGCGUCAGCCAUGUUCGGCAUGCUCCGGCAGAGUCUGUUCGGCUCGGACAACCCGAAAGUCAAGUACGUCUACGACAACGACAAAACCGGCCCCGGUAUCACCUGGCCGUAUCACGGGCCCUAUUAUCACGGGAAAUAG